AUGAGCCGCCAAAGGUUUCUUGUGUCGCUGCGGGACCAAAAGGGCCCAAUCACGUCACUUGCAUUUUCUCCUAGUGGAAAAUAUCUUGCUAGCGGCGGAAUUUCGCAACUAACAAUUUGGGACUUGGAGAAGAGACGGGUCUUGGAGACGUCCCCUCAGAGCUACUAUGAAAGGUCUGAAAUCUCGACUAUUUGUUGGGUCACACGGACCAAGGAAGGCUUUGAUAUCUUGAGCUACGGUAAUGCAAAGGGAUUCUUGGUCUUUUUAAUUCAUCGUCCAUCGCAGGAUCGCUUCGAUGUUCUGCAUGCCGCUCGCGUAGCUCUAGGCGGCGAGAUUACGUGCAUCGCUGUUAAGGCGGAAUCUUCCAAUGUAGAAAUCAGCCGUAUUGCUCUGGGGACAAGAGAUAAGUGCAUCAUGGUCUUUACCUUCAAUCCGACGACCAAAGAGUUGGUUCCCAUACACUCCAUUACCUACGGAGACGGGCAAGGCACAAUCCCUAAAGCAAUGGCAUUUGACAACAAUACGAGGGCCGACUUGUACGUCUUUGGACUUUACGAUGGAGGGCUUUACCGUUACGAUGGCAAGGAUAUGUCCGAAAUCUCCAAGCAUCAGUUAGGAUCACAAAUUGGGAAUGCUGUGAUCGACAUCGAAAGAAAAAUUUGCGUCAUUGACAACGUCAGAAAUGGUUUUUCUGUGUAUCAGGUGGAUUUGGGAAGUUUCGUACGAGAUUUAACAACCCGAGACGCUAAACACACAUUUCCCAAGCAAGUUGCGUUGGGAAACGAUUCGGGCUUGGUAAUAGGGGGGAGUGACCACGGCCUGAUAUAUAUAUUUGAGCGGGAUACGGGCAAAUGUUUAAAGGCUUUCAAGCAUGGGCGUAUGAGGGGAGUCGAAACUAUUGCGUCACACGAUAACAACAAUGGAACCAUUACAAUCGCCUCCGCCUCUUCGUCAGUUUCGGUCAACGAUCAACAGGCGUUACACAUCUGGCAGUGGAACACCAACAAGACUGAUUACAGAGGAUGGUCCCUGAAAGAAGUAUUCGAAUUCUUCUGGAAACUGACGUUGAUCUUUUUACUGGCAUACGGCAUCCGCCUCUUGCAUAUCAGCGUGUCCUCUGGCAAAGAGCUAAUGUACCCAAGUUUACGUCAGAACGACGGCAAUACUGGAGAAGGACACGCACAGGGAACUGUCAAGCCCUCCUUCGUUGCGAAUACAGGUGGAACAGCCGAUCGAGCCUAUAUGAAAGAUGGUGAUGAGUACAGCGAGAAACUUGAUGACUCGGAGUAUGAAAGCUGCCAACCGCAAAGAACUCGUCAUACGAGAGCAGAGCGCAGUGUUAGGGAUCGAAAUGAACAACUGGAGGAAGACCGCAACGAAAAAGGCAAUGGUCACCGUUUUAAAGAAGGCCAGCGUUCGAGGAAGGCAGCCAGUCGUGUUUGGAACGAGGAACAAGAUACUGAUGAUGCAAACGAAGACGAUGACAUCGAACUUCCGGAAGGAAGACGCCAAGCAAUCGUCAACAAGGACAAGGCAGUUGGCAAGAGUGACAAUGAAGAGACCAGAAACACGAACAUCCCCAGGAAGCAUAUGAAAAAAAAAUCGAAAAAACUGGAGCAUCCUAUCAGAGAUGAGGACUUCUAUGAGAGCAAGGACAGACGAUCGGGGGUAGCAGAGAAUAUCGAGAAAUACACGAAGGAUUUAAUGAUUAGAGAGGAUUAA